UGCGGCAAAUCCUAUAUGCGAGCUUGGCUGCCACUACUUGUCUCGUUUGUAUCCACACAUUUAUAUUUAUUCAUGUUAACUACGUUUCAACUUUCUUCUUCAUUUUCCUUCUAAUUGUGGCCCUAUAAUCUUGCUUUCGACAUGGAGAGACUCAUGCGUGCUGUUCAGUACAAUGCCUACGGUGGAGGAUCUGCUGCCUUAAAGCAUGUUGAAGUUCCCUUACCAACUCCUAGUAAAGAUGAGGUUUUGAUUAAAUUGGAAGCAGCUAGUAUCAAUCCAUUUGAUUGGAAAGUACAGAAACGCAUGUUGUGGCCACUAUUGCCUCCAAAGUUCCCAUAUAUACCUUGUACUGAUGUAGCAGGAGAGAUCAUGGAGGUUGGUAAAAGUGUUAAAAAGUUCAAACCUGGUGACAAAGUUGUAGGCUUAGUUAGCCCCUUUAGUGGUGGAGGACUAGCUGAGUUUGCUGUUGUUAAGGAAAGUAUCACUGCUUCAAGACCACCUGAAAUCUCAGCAUCCGAGUGUGCUGGUUUACCUGUUGCCGGACUGACAGCUCUCCAAGCACUCUCCCAAUCCAUAGGGAUCAAACUCGACGGAAGCGGCGAGCGAAAAAACAUUUUGAUCACUGCUGCAUCAGGUGGUGUAGGACACUAUGCAGUUCAACUGGCAAAGCUAGGUAACACUCAUGUGACGGCCACGUGCGGUGCUCGCAACAUCGAAUUCAUCAAAAGCUUAGGAGCUGAUGAAGUAAUUGAUUAUAAGACACCAGAUGGUGCUGCAUUAAAGAGUCCAUCUGGUAAGAAGUAUGAUGCAGUUAUUCAUUGUGCAGUGGAGAUUCCAUGGUCAAUUUUUGAGCCUAACUUGAGCACAAAUGGAAAGGUUGUAGACAUAACUCCAAGUUCUAGUUCAAUGAUGACAUUUGCUUUAAAGAAACUUACCUUCUCCAAAAAACAAAUUGUGCCUUUGCUUUUAAUUCCAAAGGGUAAGGAUCUUCAGUAUCUUGUUGAUUUGGUCAAGCAAAAAAAACUAAAAACUGUUAUUGACUCCAAAUAUCCUCUAACCAAGGCUGAAGAUGGUUGGGCUAAGAGUAUUGAUGGUCAUGCAACUGGGAAGAUAAUUUUUGAGUUCUAAUUUAUGCACUAUAGUAGUCUAUAAUAUGGUCAAAUAAACUAUUAUAUAUGAAUUGCUAGGAUAAUACUAUGCAAUUUUUCUUUGGGGUGACAUGACUCACAUAUAUUUUUUGUACAGUAAAACAACUUCAUUCAAGGGAAAGAUACAACAGAAUUUAAAACACCAUUGUUUUGAUAA